GACUGACUGACUAACUGACUUUUUAUUUAACAGAAGAAAGAAAGAGGAACAAAAUGCAACCCAAGGAUGAUGAAAACAACAAUCCUUCAAAAUCGAAAUCAUUUGUGAUAAAAAUACCAUCAUAUGAAGAAGUAAUCCAAUCAACCCCAAUUCCAUCCCUUUUCAGACCUUCUGAAUCAUCAUCAUUCACUCAAGCUUUCAAUUCCAUCAAAAACUCCGAAUUCUAUUCCCCCCCUCCAAACCCACCUUCUAGGGGAAGUCAAGAAUCUGGUGGUGGCGGUGGAAGUAGUAGUAGUAAUGUUGCGUCUUCCUCGACGUCGUCUUCUACGCAAAAUCGAAAUCGUAAUGCGAUACAAGUUAGUCAUAGACAGAAGGGAAAUCCUUUGCUGAAACAUAUAAGAAAUGUGAGAUGGGCUUUUGCAGAUGUCGUCUGUGACUAUAUGUUGGGGCAAAAUUCAUGUGCUCUUUAUCUAAGCCUUAGGUAUCACCUACUUCACCCAGACUACCUGUAUUACCGAAUAAGGGAAUUGGGGAAAAACUUCAAGCUUCGUGUUGUUUUAUGCCACGUCGAUGUUGAAGAUGUUGUCAAGCCAUUGUUGGAAGUCACAAGAACAGCUCUGCUUCAUGACUGCACUCUUUUGUGUGGUUGGAGCUUGGAAGAGUGUGGUCGCUAUUUGGAGACAAUCAAAGUUUAUGAAAAUAAGCCUGCAGAUCUCAUUCAAGGCCAAAUGGAUACAGACUAUUUAUCGCGGCUAUCACAUGCUUUAACAUCUGUUCGACAUGUCAACAAGACCGAUGUGGUUACUCUUGGUUCUACAUUUGGGUCUCUUUCUCAUAUUAUGGACGCAUCAAUGGAGGAUCUAGCUCGUUGCCCUGGCAUUGGGGAGCGUAAAGUUAAGCGUUUGUACGACACUUUCCAUGAACCUUUCAAACGUUCCAUUCCCAAGCAUCCCUCAGCAGUUGAAACAUCUGCACAUGCUUUCACUCCAAGUGAAGCUAAAGAGGACAAGGAAACAGGGCGCUCGAGCAAGCGUGAUAAGAAAGAACCUAAUCUGUCCGUUAAAUCGGCUCUUUCAGCAGCUUUUGCCAAGUACAAGGAGAGAGUCGCUACAGAAAAUAAUCAUCAAGAAGAACACGAAAACCAUAAACAGUAACGAAAUAAACUCAUUGUAACAGUCUUGUAUUUGCUACCCAGGUACUCUAUUAAGUCGAUAAAUUGGACAAAGUAGUACUUAGGAAGUUUUUGAUUAGUUAAUGUUUUUAUUCAAAAUAGAACAUAUAAUAGUUAAAGUGGACUUGUAGUUUUGUAGUUGAUCCUUACAUGCUUUUCAGGUGAUUGACAAUAAGGUCGGCUACUCGAAGACUGAGACUAGUCUUUUGCUUUGGUUGUAUUUACAGCUUCAUCAUGUACUUUUGAAAUAAGAAGCUGUGAUAUUGAUAUGUAAAUAUGUAAGCACACUCAGGUUUAAGCAAUUGUGCAAUUCAGUCA